AAUCCAUUGUAGUAAAACAACUGAACAGUGAUUUAGAGAGACUAAGUUUAAUGCAUAGAGGAAAAGGAAUACCAUUUGACUUGCUUCUUAAUUCAAAGCAGGAUCCUAAACUGUGCCAAAAGGGUCAAGUCUUGAUGAUACUCGUAACAUCUGCACCCUGGCAUUUAGAGCAAAGGAAUUCAAUCAGGAAUACAUGGGCAAAGAAACAGGGCAAAGACUUUAAUUCCUGGCAGGUGCUCUUUCUAAUCGGUCACCACGCUGGAGCAGGUACCUCUCCAGAGAUCCUGAAAGAACAGCAAACCUUUGGAGACAUUCUUGUGGGAAACUAUGUCGACUGUUACCGGAACCUGACUCUAAAGGUCAUGCAUGGGAUGAAGUGGGUUGCGGAAAACUGUGAGCCUCAGUUCGUUCUGAAGACGGAUGAUGACUGCUUCGUCAACACCUGCCACUUGCCACGCUUUCUGGUGAAGUUCAACAACAUUAAGUCUGGUCUCUACGCAGGAUCUCUGUUUCCUCAAGCAAAGAGGCGGGUUAUCCGAGAUCCUUUCAGCAAGUGGUAUGUCUCAUGGGAGGAUUUUGAGGAAGAGCGGUACCCGCCUUAUGCCAGUGGUAUUGGUUAUGUGCUUUCGCUUGAUGCUGUGCUGAAGAUCCUAAAAGUAGCAGAACAUGUGCGCCCCAUCCCGGUGGAAGAUGCCUACAUGGGUAUCUUAGCAAAGGAGGCUGGGAUUCCGGUGAGAUCAAGCGCCCGUUUCAUGAAGCAUAAUAUAAACUGGAGAGUAUGCAACUACAGGUAUCUCAUGGUCAUCCAUCACCUGGAUGCCAGUGAGCUGAAGGUGGCUCAGCAGAACAUGGUUAAAGCCAAGACGGCAUGUUCGGGCACAGCAGAAAUCACCACGUGGAAAUGAAGGGCACCUGCAACCCCGAAUCUUUUCAGCUGUCCCUGUCCUACAAUAACUCAUUUGAGACUCUUCUUAAUUAUUCCUAGUAAACACACGACAACCUUUGGAGUCCUACAAAGAUGAGAAAAAGACAAAUAUUUUGGGACAACGGUGCUUGAGUGACAGUACAGCUCACCAUAGCGCUACCUGCCUUUUACUCCCAAAGAGAAUUUAAAUGUGCUGCAGCAGCAGCAUUAUCCUCUCAUGACUGAACAGGAUUCCUUGUUAUAUCUAAAGCGAUUGUGUGCUUUGGAUUUGUGUUUGUGGGAUGUGACAGUAUGCAGCGAUAUUGGAUGGAAACGUCACAGAAUGAAAAUGUAACCUUGUUACACAGUAACUG